AUGGCAGUGAAAUUUACGUUGGAGUUCAACGUUGAGACCAGCAAUGGAGGGGAUUAUCAAGAUUUCAUUCAGAGUCUGCGAAGACAACUACAAGUGAGAUUUUCCCACGAUCGUCCUGUACUUGCUGUUCAACAGAAAAAAGAAGAAAAAGAAAAAAAAGAAAAGAAUCCACCUGCUCUAUUCUUCGAUUUAGUAUUACGGACCAAUGAUCAUCACGUGAGGUUCAGAUUUCGAUUGGACAACCUCUACUUGAUUGGCUACCAAAUGGAAAACGGACAGUGGUUAGAGUUCAACAACAAUGAGAAUCAGUAUCUAAUUACAGAACCACAAACAACCUUCAUAGGCUUCAAGGGUAGCUACCAUGAACUUGCAAGAUCUGCUCAUCGGAGAAUCGAAGAGAUAAGAGUUGGGGUCCACAACCUCUUAUUCGCUAUAAAUCAACUUGCUGUAACGACCAACGACAAGGCUAGGGCUCGCAGUCUAAUCAUAGUGAUUAUGACGAUUUGUGAAUCAACCAGACUCAUUCCAGUAUCUAACCAUGUGGCCUAUAGUUUCGACAACAGGCCCGGCACUACUCGUGAUACCGAAAGCCUAAUCGAACCUUGGAUUAUGGACUUAGUUCACAGCUGGCGCGUUCUGUCUGCAGCAUUGUUGCUCACUGAUGCUUACCCAGAGAAAAGCUUUCAGCUUCGAGAGAAUAACUUACGAAUUCCACCAGAUAACAAGGAGAUAAGAACUAUCCCCGAAGCUGCAGAAGUACUAGGUAUCUUGUUGGGUCGUCGCUUCAAUGGACCCAGAAGAUGCGUCAAUGGCCUCAGAAGAUCCCUACUCAGCGUCCAUAAUGAAGAAGGACAGCCCUUUUUAGGAUUACCACUUUUGGAGGUGUUCACGGUGAGAAUAAACAACAUAGACAAUGAAGAUCCUUGGGAGCUAUAUGGAACAAUUACAACCAACAAUGGGUUAUAUACACAAUAUAUUUACAACCGCACGAGAGACAACUAUGAAUCCAUAAGUGCAAGUCAAAAUGCUACACUAAGUGGGCCGCUUGAAUCUGUCUCGGCCUUCGGUAACUUUACCAUCAAGUUGAUUCUCACUGAUAAGGACAUUAUUUCAGGGGACAAUGAAAUCAUCAAUCAAGAUAUCUCAUGGGACGUAGCCAACACGGGCAACGCCUAUGACGAGCUCAUAUCUCGACAACUAGACAGCAACAUAGGUUCGGUAACUGUGAAUUAUGCUGUUCUUCGAAAUGCUGUGUCAGCUAAGGUAACUGUUACUCUUAAAGAAGGAGCUGAUUCGACAAACAACGUUUACGGGCACGUUUCUGCUUGUUAUGAGGAUUGGGAAAAUCCUGAGACAACGUGUUUGUUGUUUGACAGAACAUCUGAAAACUAUGUUGAAGUACGGCGUGGGGAUGACAUUCCGUUGUUGAGAUCUGUAAUUGCUGUUCCACUGAACAAAUCUCUCAAAGUUACCGCACGUUUAUAUGAUUAUGACCGAAUCUCUGCUGAUGAUGUGAUUGCAAAUGAAACCUUAAAGUUUCCAGUCACAGAGAUAAUACCAAGUACAAACUUUAAGGACUUUCAUGGAGAAGACAGGAAUUGGGUACAAGUGAUAAUCAAUUGGAGUUCUGGUUUCUAA